CCCGUAUGCGAUAAAUGCUAGUUCAUGAGCGAGGUUCCUCUGUUUCGUCUUCGGUUGGCAGAGGCCGGCAUGGUCAAGCUCCAACCCUUCCAUCUUGCUGGAGUUUGCUACUACAAAGCGAUGAUGAUCACAGAGUCUCCAAUCGCUGACCGCUGUUGAUGCAAGUCCGUCUCUAUACUGGUCUUCCUGUUGUUACCCUUUCUAUCAUAACCGCUGGGAUAGUCGCUUGCCAAACAUGCCUCGCCCCUACACACGAUAUCCAUGUGGCAUCUACGGCCCACGCAACCUGGUCCGGCGCCAUGCUCGCAGGUUGAAGCGGCGUCUACAAGCCGAAGCCCUGGGCCUGGUCGCCGACGAGCCACCCGUCCUCGGUCCCGGCCUAGAGCAGCUCUUCUCGUUCUACGCGCCCGCCCUCGAGGCCGGCGUGUACACGGUGACUCUCGAGCAGGACAUCGUCUCGGCAGCAACAUCUGAAAAGCUCACAAUUCCACGGCCGGGUGACAACACCGUCAGUCAGAAAUUCGAGGUUGUCGCACCAAGAUUCACGCUUCCCGACGGCGCCGUCCACUCUUCCUUUCCGCCACAAGGCUACGGAGCUCUAGCAAAGACCCUACCGCACGUCGUCUUGUCUGACCCGCACUUGCCGUGGGACCGGAUUGCCAGCGCCCUCCCCGACCAGAAGUCACCGGACUGGAUGCGCAACCAGGUGCCGUGGCUGGCUCUGCUGGUCUUCACGGCCGACGAGCUGACACUGAGUGCCAGCCAGCUCAACGGCCCGGGCAGCCUGUUCGCAAACACGUCGCUCGGAUCGGGAAUUAGGCAGUCGCAGACGUGCACCAUCAACAUGCCGAUUACGGAUGUGCCCAACAUCCUGUCUACCAUCUCGCCUGUCGCUGCCCUGCCUCCCGAGCCUAGCGACGACAAGUCAACCGACCUCAUCUUCGUCCCAUCGGCGAUCUUCUCCGAACUCUUUGCCAGCUACGACAUCAACGGCAACCCGGUCACGCAGACGGGUCCCGAUGUUUCCCGGUACAAGUAUCUCGCCCACGUGCGAGACAUCAAUACCACGGGUAUGGCUGAUGCCGGAGUCGAGGAUAAUGGAGUCUUCGGCAUUGUCGUCUCGCACAGGACAGGGCCGCUGUCCAACACGCAGCCUCAAGCCGUGGUCGCCCAUCUGGUGUCCAUUGAGGGUGUCGAGUCUGAUUACAUGAACGGGCUAUGGCCCAUUAACGCCGGCCAGACCCCGUAUGUGGCCAUGUCCUCUCUCUACAGUUGGAACUUUGUCACCUUGCCUGAGGGCUCCUUCGACAUCGAGACAACCCUUGUCAACCUCGGUAGUGGAGUCAACGUCCUGCGAGCACCUGAUGCUGUCAUCCAAGCCGUAGAUACCUCGACACAAAUGGGCGUCCGGCUGCAGAAGCGGCUGGAGGACGGUUACACGCUGACGAGGUACCGCACUGCGACGGGCGAGGUCUCGGCCGCCAUCUACCGCGGUCCCUUCACGCCCACACUGGUGCCAUAUCCUCUGAUGCCGGGGAAUCAAGGCCAAGAAGGGUCGACGUGGCUCUCCAACUGCGGCACCGACCUGCAGAUCAUGGACCCGGAAGUGGGCAUCAUGGACAUCACAUACUCGGUCGCAUGGCAGCUGGGGAAGACACUGGCUGUAUCGGACCAGGCAUUUACUACAGCACUAGGCAAGCUGCGCACCAGCAUCUUCGGCGCUGCCAUGAACAAUGCAAAGGGCGAGAUCCUGAGGGAGCGUAAGGCAUACAAGGAUCGAAAGGAGACCAUCGUCAGCCUGACCGAGACGAUCCCAAGGCUCAACACUCUACACAGAGACACUGGGGGUCUCUUCGGGCCCGGUGGUUCCAUGUCAGAUCGUUGGCGCAGGACACAGCCAGAGCAGCUUGAUCUUUCCUACCACGGACCGUUGAUAAGCAGGAUAUUCAGGAAGCAUGCCGACGCCAUGGGGGCCAAGUUGAUGAUGAGUUCGAAUGGAGAAGGAACCGAGAGGUACGACGAGCAGAACAUGCCGGUCUCGACCGACUGGAUGGUCGUUCUCACAUGGGUGCUGGACAAGAUGUUUCUCUACAAUAUUCCCGCCCAUUAUCUCAUCGUCGACCCGACCUACCUCGCGCUGGAAACGCUCCGCUUCUUCCAUGUGGACCGCAACUGGACCGAUGCGCUUAUCGAUGGCGCCCUGAGCCUGGGCAACAACCUGGCCGGCGUCGACCAAGUGAGGCAAACCAUCCACCUCAUGAUUAGCGAAUAUCUGUAUCCCUCGCCGCCCGUCAGUCCCCCGCCCCAGUUUCCGCUAUAUGGCUUCCUGUUGCAUUCAGAGGCCGUGACCCAGUACCCUGAUCUCAAGGUCAGUGUUGAGCUUGUCGGCGUCUCUGAUGACGCGGCUCCCAUGCUACGACAUGAGAAUCUGGAUGUGUCGGAGGGAGUCAUGCUAUGCCUCCUGGAUCAGGUGCCUGGAAACCCGGGACUUCAGUCGAUCACGUUCACACAGCCCCCGCACCAGCAGUCGUUCAUCGCAGGGGCCGAGCUUGACGAGCACCACAUCAAGACGCUCUACAAGCGCAUCUUUACGGCCGAGGGCCAGACACCAGAUCCAACGCCAUGGGAUGCCCAUCACUGGAUGAGGCCGGAUGACCCGAACCAACCCGUCCCCCAGCAGCCACAGGAUCCUCCGCAGGACCAAGGUGUUCCGCAUGCGGCAGCCGUGUUCAAAUGGGGUGCUCAGCUCGACCCAGAGGUCCGCACCCUCCUGCCGGUCUCGUGGACAAACGACGUCAAUGGCGUGUUGAACUACUUUGGCGUCAACCCUAACGAUCCGAGCAACCCUUUCUACUAUGACGCCAUCCCCAACGCCGCACUGGCCGGGAUACAGCUGAACAACCCCAUCUACCAACUCGUGAUUGGCGAGUCGUCGUCCAGUAUGGCCGUGCCGAAAGGACAAUCCCCCUCGUCCUCUACUUUCCCAUUCCCAACAGCCGUGCAGCAUGCCGCCUCCCAUCCGUUCAACCUCCCACACCGUCACCUGCAGAGGCGAAGGAUUGGGAGGAUGCCGCCCGCGCUUCAACUGACGACGGCCGAUUUCCUCCGCGGCCCAAGCCACGGCCCUCCCCUCCUGCCCCCUCCCCACUCGCGCCCCAAUCGGUCUCCGCGAACGGGCCCCCUCUUCGGCAACCCGCCCGAGGGCGACAACCCAGCGUUCCAGGGCCCCGCCGGCGCGCCGCAGUACACAAUCAGCUGCGUGCCCAUCGAUAACGACCCAUCCAACCCGGGAAUCCCCUGCGGCACGGGGAUCCCCAAGGACCUGGUAUUCAAGAUUGUGCAGAUCCCGGACUCGGUCACGCCCAGCAGCUCCAAGUACCUCCUCCAGAGCUUCACCAUCGUGCUGGAGCUAGCGGGCGGCGACCCGCCCAGGUGGGACUCAUGCCUUUUGAGCGGGUACACUGGACCGGGCCCGUCCAUGGCCAGCAAUGUGCGGUUCAACGUGCUGGUGCAGGUCGAGAACGACCCGCUGCACGGCCGGUGUCUUGCGCUCCGGGUGCUGCCGCGGAGCACCACGGGGUCGGCCGAGCCGAGAAUGUGCGAGGAGAUGACUUUCAUCCUGCCUGUGUGUGAUAUUUUGAAACAUGACCCUGCCAAGAGGAUACCGGUGUGGAUCACGCCCUCGUAUGUGAACUUUGACCCGGUUACGGGGGUUGAUUACUAUAUUCUUAGCUUUCAGCAGAAGUGAAGUGGUGGACAGUAAUUAUGCCAGGCUGGGGCAUAAUCAUAAUUCCAAUAAAGCUCAAGUCAAGAUCCAUUUACGUAUUGGUUGCUGCCGCGCUGCAAGCGUUGUGGACCAGAGCAUCUCAGCGGCGUGUAUUUUACGAGGUAAUCGGGUAGUGCACACGCUGCAGUUGAACGGCAGGC